GUCUCGCUUUGUGAAACACUACGGACGCAAGACUGUUGCUGAGUGAGAGAGAAGUGUGAACGAGUUCAGAAACAAUCCCAUCGCUAAGAGGCAGACAGUAAGUUCUCUGAGUUUUGGGGAUGCACUUUAUGAAUGUAGAAAAAGCAAAAGCUGCUGUUUACUGGAACAUCUCAAUGGAUAUGAAACAGGACACCUGUGAUGUGGAUGCAAAUAUCAUGGAGAAAACUGUAAAUAUUAAGGAGGACGACUGUGAGUGGGAGUCCAUCUACCUUAAACAGGAAAGUCUGAGCAUUAAGGAGGAGGACAGUGAACUGCAGCAAGUGAGCAUUAAAGAAGAACCUGAAGAGAAGUCUGUCAGUAUUGAAAAACAUAACCAUACAAAUCUGGACAGUGUAAAAGAAGACAACCUUCAAGAUGGAGUGGUGACCAGGUUAGACUCUUCUUAUAGCAGACACUGUUCAUCUCCAGAGCCUUCUAUCAAUGUGAAGUCUGAAUCAUUAGAGUCUGAACCAAAGAGGGCUGUGGAAACUACAUCUGUUAGAGCUCAGAAAAAUAAGCAACCAUCUUCAAAGAAAUCUGGAAAAAGAAUGAAAGAUCACUGCAGUGUGGAAUGUGGCAGAGAAUUCUAUAACAGGAGUGCUCUUCAGAAACACAAGAGAGUUCACACCAGAGAGAAGACAUAUUGCUGUACUGAAUGUGGUAAACAGUUUUCACAAAAAGGCCAUCUUCAGAUACACACGAGAGUUCACACCAGAGAGAAGCCAUAUUGCUGUAAUGAAUGUGGUAAACAGUUUUCACAAAAAGGCGCUCUUCAGACUCACACAAGAGUUCACACUGGAGAGAAGCCGUAUUGCUGUAAUGAAUGUGGUAAACAGUUUUCACAAAAAGGACUUCUUCAGACUCACACAAGAGUUCACACUGGAGAGAAGCCGUAUUACUGUAAUCAAUGUGGAAAGCAGUUUUCACAAAAAGGCUUUCUUCAGAUGCACACAAGAGUUCACACCGGAGAGAAGCCAUAUUACUGUAAUGAAUGUGGUAAACAGUUUUCACAAAAAGGCCAUCUUCAGAUACACAUGAGAGUUCACACCGGAGAGAAGCCAUAUUGCUGUAAUGAAUGCGGUAAACAGUUUUCACAUAAAGGCUAUCUUCAGAUACACGCUAGAGUUCACACCGGAGAGAAGCCAUAUUGCUGUAAUAAAUGUGGUAAACAGUUUUCACAGAUAGUCAGUCUACAGAGACACACAAGAGUUCACAACAGAAUAAAAUCAGUAGCAGUUCAAAAACCAGUCUAGAAAAACAAGAACCCUUCAGGACUCAAGAGUGAGGUUCAGUCGUGUCUUGAAAAGUAAGCAAACUAAACUAUUGUUAAGAAAUGAAUCUCAAAGAGAAAAACCAUAUUGCUGUUUGGAAUGUGGCAAACAAAUCUGUCAGAGCAGUACACUUCAGAGACGCACCAGAAUUCCCACAGGAGAGAAGUACAACUGAGCUGUCCUGACUAAAGAGUGAGGUUCACUCCUGCCUGGACAGUAA